CGCGCCCAGACUGCUCUGGGCAUCCCGCUGCCCUCCGGCCGGCCUGGAGGACCCGCGCGGGCUGCGGCGGGAGUGAAACUACCGCGCCCGGCUCCGCCGCUGCUCCCGAGCGGGGCUCGCUCCCGUGUCUGUGCUCCCCUCUCCGGACUUUGCCGCUGCUGCUCGUCGGGGCGCAGGUGGUCCCUGCUGCCCAGCCCCUGCUGGCCUUUCUGUGCACAGCAGGUCAGGAUGGGGAGGUGCCUGGUGCCCCGUCUGCCUGCCCUCCCUGUGUGCCUCGCCGUGGUCCAGCUGCUCAGCCCCUGCUCAGCUGAGUUUGCUGUGGUCGGACCCCCCGAGCCCAUCCUGGCCAUGGUGGGUGAAGACGCAGACCUGCCCUGUCACCUGUCCCCAAAGAUGAGUGCUGAGGCCCUGCAGCUGAUGUGGGUGCAACCCAGCCGCAGGCAGGUAGUGCACGUGUACGCACACGGGCAGGAGGAGACACCGGCAGAGCAGUUUCGAGGGAGAACUUCGAUUUCACGAGAGGACGUCACUGCGGGGAAGGCCGCUCUCCGGAUUCACAGUGUCAGCGUCUCUGACAAUGGAACCUACCUGUGUUAUUUCCAAGAUGGAGACUUCUAUGCAAAAGCCCAGGUGGAGCUGCAGGUGGCAGCGCUGGGCUCUGAUCCCCACAUUAACAUGACGGGCUACGAGGCUGGACGGAUCCGUGUGAACUGCACAUCUGCCGGCUGGUACCCGCAGCCCCAGAUCCAGUGGAGAGACGCCAGGGGACAGAGCUUGUCCUCGGAGGCAGCAUCUGCGGCUGCAGACCCCCAGGGCCUUUAUGUAGCCUCAGCCUCUGUGAUCCUGGAAGGCGGCUCUGGGGAGGGGGUCUCCUGUGUCAUCAGAAACCCCCUGGUGGGCCAGGAGAGGUCAGCCAGGCUUUCCAUCGCAGGUCCCUUCUUCAGGGACACACAGCCUUGGGUGGUGGUGCUCGCGGUGAUGGUGCUGGUUCUUGGGGAGCUCCUGGUGGGGGUGGCGUGCUGGCUGCACCAAGGGCGGAAGAGGAUCCAGGCCCUGUCCCAGGAGAGGGGGAUAGAGCGAGCCGAGAAAGAAGCAGCACAAGCUGAGAGAGAAGCAGCACGAACUGAGAGAGAAGCAGCACAAGCUGAGAGAGAAGCAGCACAAGCCGAGAGAGAAGCAGCACAAGCUGAGAGAGAAGCGGCACGAGCUGACAGAAAAGCAGCGCGUGCACAGCUGCGGCAGGAGUGGCAGCUGCAGCGAAGCAUCCAAGGGCAGAGAAAGCCCAGGUACCGAGCACCUUUGGACCGGGACCUGAAUGAAGACCUGUGUGAUUGGUGUCCCGAGGGGACAGUGGUCCUGCAGCAGUGCAACUCCACAGCGGACACGGUGUGCGGCCCGCCCGGUCCAGAGCGCAGACAGGGGUGGUUUGGUCGGGAGCUGUUUCAUCUUCCUCGGGUUUGUCUGGGCAUCACCAUCAUCACCUGUGUGUUCACGAAGAAGGGAAAAGACCGGAGAUUCCAGCCCGAGUGCAGCGGGCCCCCCAGCGGCGCGCGCUCGGAGCUGGAGCGCCGGGAGGAGAGAGACGCACUGGCAGCCGCUGCGCUCCCGGGAGAAGCUCCCGCAGAAGAGACGCUGUAG